AUGUCGCAACCUACCGGCUUGUUCAGCGUGCGCCGACCGAGGGAGACUUUGGGUAACAUCACAAACUUCUCGGGGAUUCCUCAGCCCGCGUCUGCCGUGAAGCGCACCUCUUCCAACGCCGAACUACGAAAUGCGCCGUAUACCGCCUCUCAUGUGCGAUCCACGUCGAUAAACCAGAGCAUUCAGCGCCCUGCACAACCCAUAUUUCAUCGCUCCUCGUCUGGUGGUAACUUGGCGGAAAUGGGCAUGUCGACUGCUCGGCGGUCGGUCUCGAAUAAUAUCUUUGGGAGCACACACACCGGACGACAGAGCCUGGCGCCAAACCAAUUGUUUGGCUCUCAGACACCAGCAUCGCAGGGUUUGCAGAGAAGAAGCAGCAUCUUUUCUCGCCCCUCUGGUCAUGGCCCCACGGCGCACCAGUCGUUCUUCUCACAGCCGCCCGCACCAGCAGGCGCACCUAAAGACCCACGGCCGUUGAGGGAUUCGUCGUAUAGGGCACGACUGAGCCAGGAAUUGCUCGACUAUCUGACGCAGAACAAUUUCGAGUUGGAGAUGAAACACUCAUUGACCCAGAACUCUGUCAAAUCGCCAACACAGAAGGACUUCACAUUCAUGUUUCAAUGGCUGUACCGUCGCAUUGACCCAGGUUACAAAUUCCAGAAGAGCAUCGACACCGAAGUCCCUCCGAUCAUGAAACAGCUGAGAUAUCCUUACGAGAGAGACAUUACGAAGUCACACCUGGUCGCGGUGGGUGGUCAGAAUUGGCCUCGCUUCCUGGGCUUGCUGCACUGGAUGAUGCAGCUGGCACAGAUGCUGGACAACUUUACUCGCGGUGCCUACGAUGAUGCGUGUACGGAGGCUGGUGUCGAUGUCUCCAGUGAUCGUAUUGUAUUCAGGUUCUUGUUCGGCGCUUACCAAGACUGGCUACAAAUGGGCCCAGAAGACGAUGAAGAGAGUGAAGAAGCCGCACUUCAACCACAUAUCCAGGCAAUGACAGACGAGUUUGAGCGAAUCAACGCCAAACAUGCCGAGGAACUCAAACUAUACGAGGCGGAGCAUGAAGCUCUCAAGGCACAGAUCGACGAAUUCGAGCGCAAUGCGCCUGAUAUUGCUAAAUUGGACAAGCAUUUUAAGAUCCUGGAAGACGAUAAGAAGAAGUUUGAGGAAUACAAUGCCAAUGUCCAAGCAAAAAUUGAAAAAUACGAUUCGAGAAUAAAGAUCCUCGACGCCGAAAUCCAAAAGGUCGAGGCGGACUUGGAAGUCGUGGAGCAAGAACGACAGAAUCUGCAAAACUCGGUCGAUCGACAGGGCUUGAAUAUCCAGGACAUUGACCGAAUGAAUACAGAGCGGGAGAGACUAGCGAAGAGCCAUGAGGACGCGCUGGCUGCGCUCGAUGAAGUCAACAAGAGGGUCCUUGAGAAAGAAGUCGAAACUGCUCGCAAGCUGGAAGAUCUAGAGGCAGUUGUCAAACGAUACAAUUCCUUGGGCUACCAGAUGUCCCUCAUCCCCUCAUCGGCGGUCAACGCAAAGGGCGUAGACUACGAGCUCUCGCUCAACUUGUCCGAGCAGGGUUUCUCCUCUUCAACAUCCCAUUCACGCCGAAGUCGUGCUUCACCGAUUGAGUCUGACCGCCUUCUUGCCGAGCAAAACAUUGGAUAUUCCCCGAUGCAUCUUCUCAACCUCGACCUCCGAGGUGUCGUGCGCAAUGCAUUCAUCUCGCUCAGGAAAGAAAUCAACGAGCGUCGAAAAGCCGCGGCGGAAUCAGACCUCAACGCGCGCGACUUCCUCGACAACAUCUCGGAGGCCCUGCACGAGAAGAACACCGAGAUAGACAACCUCAACUAUCGUGUGCAGGAGGCUUCUCGACAGUAUUCGACCUUGAAAGAGAAUGGCCAGACGGCGCACACGCAGCAGACUUCGGCGAUUGAGAAACUAGAGAAGGAGCUCAGUCGCAUGCGGGAAGGUUUGGAGAAGGGGGUCCUGGAGCUCGAGCAGCGCGAGCUGGAAGUGCAGCUGGCGUACGAGGGCAUGCGCGAGGAGAGUGCCCGAGUCCGCGAGGAGCUGCACGGCGGCAUCGAGAAGCUCCUGGAGGAUGUCAUCCGGUUCAAGGUCCACGUGCAAAAGGGCCUGGAAGAGUUUGAAGGCUGGGUCGGUGAGGAGGUCGAGCUGGAGUUGUUAGGUGACGAGAUGGGUGAGCUCGGGCUGGAGGACAAGCAGAGCGACGAGGAAGGGCACGUUAACGGUGCGCAAGUGAACGAUGAGGACAUGUUUUGA